AGGAGCCUGGACGCAGCUUUCCAGCUGGAGACCUACCUGGGAGACCUGGCCGAGGUGGAGGCCUGGCUGGGGGAGCAGGAGCUGCUGCUGCUGAGCCAGGACAAGGGGAAGGACGAGCAGAGCACCCUCCAGCUCCUCAAGAAGCACCUUCAGACCGAGCAAACCGUGGACAACUACGAGGAGACCAUUGCCCAACUGUCCCGCCAGUGCCGGGCCCUCCUGGACCUGGGCCACCCCCAGAGUGAGCAGGUCAGCAGGAGACAGUCCCAGGUCGACCGACUCUACGUGUCCUUGAAGGACCUGGUGGAGGAGAGGAAGGUGAAGUUGGAGCAGCAAUAUUGGCUCUACCAGCUCAACCGGGAGGUGGAUGAGCUGGAGCACUGGAUUGCAGAGAAGGAGGUGGUGGCCGGGUCCCCUGAGCUGGGCCAGGACUUCGAGCACGUCACGGUGGGUCCAGGGGUGGGGGGGGAGGGGUUGGGGGGGGUCAACCAGAUGGUGGACGAGCUGAUCGACUACGGCCACGCCGACGCCGCCACCAUCGCCGAGUGGAAGGACGGGGUCAACGAGGCCUGGGCUGAUCUCCUGGAGCUGAUGGAGACCCGGGCCCAGAUGUUGGCGGCUUCUCACGAGCUCCACAAGUUCUUCAACGACUGCAAAGAGGUUUUGGGGCAGAUCGAGGAGAAGAAGCAACGUUUGCCCGAGUUGGUGGCCCGGGAGGGAAGAGCUUCGGCCGGGACGUUGCAACGGGCUCUGGGCGCCUUCGAGCACGACGUGGAGGUCUUGGUGACCCAAGUGAGGCAGCUCCAAGAAGGAGCUGCUCAGCUGAGGACCCUCUACGCCGGGGACAACGCCGAGGCCAUCGCUGGGAAGGAGCAGGAGGUUCUUCGGGCUUGGAAGGACCUUCUGGCCUCCUGCGACGAGUGUCGGGUCCACGUCGCCGGCGUCGCCGAGAAGAUCCGGUUCUUGGGCACCGUCAAGGACCUGCUGGGGUGGAUGGACGGGGCCCUGGGCCAGAUUGGGGCUGGGGAGAAGCCCAGGGAUGUCUCCUCAGUGGAGCUGCAGAUGAGCGACCACCAGGGGCUGAAGAACGAGAUGGAAGCUCGGGAGAAGAACAUCAACUCCUGCCUGGAGAUGGGCAAGAACCUCAUCCUGGCCAAGAACCCGGCAGCUGAGGAGAUCAAAGCCCACAUGGAGAAGCUGUUGGCCAAGAAGAAGGAGCUGGUGGAGAAGUGGGAGAAGCACUGGGAGUGGCUGCAGCAAAUGCUGGAGGUCCACCAGUUUGCCCAGGAGGCCGUGGUGGCCGAGGCCUGGCUGACAGCCCAGGAGCCCCUGGUGAGGAGCCAAGAGCUGGGGAGCAGCGUGGAUGAGGUGGAGCAGCUGCUGAGGAGACACGAGGCCUUUCGCCGCGCGGCCGCCGCCUGGGAGGAGAAGUUCAGCUCCUUGAGGCGUCUCACCACGAUCGAGAAGCUGAAGGCCGAGCAGGCCCCCCAGCCCCCCACCCCCCUCCUCAGCCGAAAAUUCUUGGGGGACCCCCCGGGAGCUCCAGCCCCAGGAGGCCCCCAAACCCCCCGCCACGACCCGCGCGUCGCCCACGUCCGCCACGAGCUGUCCUGGGUCAACCUCUACUGUGUCCUGAGCAAAGGUGACCUGGGCUUCUACAAGGACGCCAAGGGCCACGCAGCUGGAACCACCCAUGGUGGAGAACCUCUCCUCAACCUCCACCACUCCACCAGUGAGGUGGCCAAUGACUACAAGAAGAAGAAGAACGUCUUCAAACUCAA